UUGUGGUUUAGUUAUCUUUGAUAACAUUAAGAUUGAUUGAUGUUACAUACUCUACAUUUAAUAUGCGAUGUUUAGGCGACCAGAUUUCUCAAAUGAAAAUUGCACCUUGAUAUGGCGAGGCCAGUCAUACGUCUUCAAAACCCCACUGCUCCAGAGGGUUGUCAGCAGGCCUUAUUGGUGGCGACAAAUGGGGCCCGUGACUGCAGAAACAGGAGAAUGAGUUUUCCUCUUCCCCCUCCUCAGCUGCUCAAUGAUUCCACUGCACUGGCCCAUGCUGAAAGAGCACUACGUGCUGAAGGGAUAAGAGCACCAUCACGACAGCAGUGUCUGGGCAAGAUGGUGCUACCCUUUGGCCAGUAUCUCAACGCACCAUUUCACUGGCUUGUGUCAAAUGAUGUGGGCUACAUGAAGUAUUUGAUCGACAAGCACAGAGAAGAACUCUCUAAAAAAGUUGGAAAGAGGCAAGCACAAAAUCAGUGGAUAAAAGACCACCUGACAGAGUAUGCAGAGAGCUUUCCAGAAGUUUCAAUCGCCCUGGAAGCCAACAUCCACCGAUGUGUUUAUGGACAGAAAGGGCUUUAGAGCCAUAGCUUCCAGGAGAUGUGGGAGCUCUACAGCCAGUAUUCUGCACAGAAGGACAGGCCUGGUGAUUUUGGUACGAGUCAGAGGGAAACAAUACAGAUGGCAUACAGCUCUGUUAGCCGGUGGCUAAAUACACCUAUAACACACAUCACCAGUGUGCAGAUGAAAAGAUUUAGAAAAUACAUUUAUGACAAGAAGACACAAAAGUCAAGCACUUCAAUCAGUGACCCCUCAUGGCUGGAUGAUACCCACUUGUUGGAGGUGAUCAAAUCUGAGCUUAUGGCUUCCACAGCAUCAUGCGCAGCAUCAGCAGCCUCAGCAUCAUUCGCAGCCUCAGCAUCAUCUGCAGCCACAGCAUCAUCUGCAGCCCCAGCAGCCUCAGCAUCAUCCGCAUCCCCAGCAGCCUCAACAUCAUCCGCAGCCCCGGCAGCCUCAGCAUCAUCUGCAGCCACAGCAUCAUCUGCAGCCUCAGCAUCAUCCGCAUCCCCAGCAGCCUCAGCAUCAUCCACAGCCCCGGCAGCCUCAGCAUCAUCCGCAGCCCCAGCAGCCUCAGCAUCAUCCGCAGCCCCAGCAGCCUCAGCAUCAUCCGCAUCCCCAGCAGCCUCAGCAUCAUCCGCAGCCCCGGCAGCCUCAGCAUCAUCUGCAGCCACAGCAUCAUCUGCAGCCCCAGCAGCCUCAGCAUCAUCCGCAGCCACAGCAUCAUCUGCAGCCCCAGCAUCAUCCACAGCCUUACCAUCAUCCGCAGCCUCAGCAUUAUGCGCAGCCACAUCCACGCCUCCAAAGAAGUCCUCCUCCACACCUUCAAAGAAGUCCACACCUGCAUCAAUCUACAGUCAACAAGAAUGCCAUCAGCCACAAUAUCAAAGACUGCGUCUGUCUCCUCAAAAGACUUACCUCCAGCACCACAUCAACCGUCGGUUCUCCCUCCACCUGUCUAUCAACAAAUUGUGUAUGAACACAUUCCCAGCAAGGCAGGGACCAAGGUCUUAAAAGAACAAUCAGACAUGGUAAUGUCAGCUCCUAAAACCUCGUCCCGGGUAAUGCCAGCUAUGUCUACCGUCUUCAGACCUCCACCGAGUAUCACUUCAUCUACUGCUCCUACACAAGUGAUUCCGGCCACGUCAACCAGCACCACACCCUUGACGGUGUCUUCUGGCCCCACCGAAACACCACAGAGUGUUGACACCCCCUCAGUCUGGUCCAGAGCUACAGUGUACAAAAGAAAAAGCACAGACAGUCCUACUCAAGUUGGAGUUAAACUGUCACGUGUACAUAACUUGCCUGUUUGUACGCUUUGCCAACAACCCACUCAGGGACACGAAAAAUAUUUAAAAAAAAAUUGUCCCUCGAAAAUGAUGUCGACCUCCAAACAAUUGGACAAGAGAGUGUUCACCAGCUAUGAACACUUUACCACAGUUGUGGACUCACAAAAGUGAAGUUUUUGUUUUGCUGUUGUGAGAUAGAAACACCGUUUUUAUUGUUAUAUAUAUAAUAUCGACUAUUGUUCAUUUUACAAAGUUUAUAUGUGGAUCUGCUGUUUCAUUUUUAAAAUCAACAAUAUAUAGGAUAUUGUAUAUAUUGCCUAUAUUGUCUAAUGUCACUUUUUUAUACUUGAUGUAACUGUGAUGCUUGUCUUGAAUAUGGCAUUUUAUUUAAUUCCAGUUAUAUUUUA